AUGCAAAUAUACGGUCUUGUUUAUGAAGAAAUAAAAGCUGUUCCUUUACAAAAUGUCAAGGUUGAAUUUUCAAAAGUUGUUGACAUGAUUGCGGAGGUUAUUAUUCAGCAGAUCUAUAAAAAUGUCGAAAAUAAUUUAAUCGAAGCCGUAUACAAGUUUCCUAUUUAUAAGGCCGCAGCAAUUUGUGGUUUCGAAGCUGAUAUUAUUGAUGGGCACAGAACAAUCAAGGGAAUAGUGAAGAAGUCUAAAGAUGCUUUAUUUGACGAAUUUAUUCCAUACAAGUGCAAGACUGUGGUGAUCAAAAUCACAUAUGUCACUGAACUCAAACACGAUGCUGAAUCUGGACAAAUACGAUUCGUCUUACCUACCACUAUUGCCCCGAGAUAUGGUUUUCCACAUGGUGACGAUACAUCUAUCCAGGAAUCAAUAUCUUAUUCAAGUUUAACCAGCUAUCAUCUUGACCUCAACGUAACAUGCAGGAUGGCUUCAUCCAUUCAGAAGGUUUUUGUUUUAAUGUUUGUAUCGUUUGGUUCUCACCAUGAUUCAUUGUUCCCACAAAGCCAACUCUAUUCCGAGGACACCCUUACUCAGGCUCUCGAUCAUGCAAAAUCAAUGGACGCCAAUUAUGGAGGCACGGAAAUAUACGGUCCACUAAAUGACGUUUGGGAUGUCAGGACACGGGUGGAACUUAUUCGUUCCAAUGUUAAACAUAAUAAGGAUAACGUUAGAUUGUUUUCAAUUGGAAUUGGCAAUUAUGUAUCUUAUAAUCUUGUCAAAUCUGUUGCACGCGCUGGAAAAGGCUACGCUCAGUAUGUAACCAUCAAUGAGCGCAUGGAUAAGAAAAUUAUAGGUAUGCUAAAGAAUGCCAUCAAGCCUCCAGUUAAGGAUUACAAGAUUAUCUGGGCGGGGAAUGAAUCCAAAUACGAGGAUCUUGAUAAGGAGGAGGCUGAGAUAAAACCAACAAUCAGCAUCUUUGACAAGAAUCCUAGUCCUUCUCCACAGGAUCCCGUGAUUACAGAUGCCAAAACUAAACAAGCACCAUUUGUUAUUCCACCGAUUUAUUCUGGCGUUAGAUUUUAUCAUUUAUUGCAUGUUAGCAAAGGCCGGUCAAAAAUUCAUACACUUGCCGCCAGAAAACUUAUUCAAGAUCUCGAUGACGGUACCUCUUUUAUUCACAUGCAUCCAAAGAAUAAAGGAAAGCCAAUCCCAGUUUCAGUUAUAGAAGAACAAUGGUAUAAGUCAGUUGGAAAGCUGUUUCAUUCUGAGAAGAGAGAGAAUACCUAUACACCAAUCAUCUCCAAUAUGCAAGAGAAAGUCACGGCGACUAUGCCAUUAAGUCUUUGCAUGGAAUCAGAUAUCUCUCUCAUGGAAGUAACAAGACGUAGCGGGAGAUCGACAAGUGGUCGCAUGAAUUCAAAGAAAAUGACUUUCUCCAAUCAUUCUGCAGUCCUCUAUUCAUGCUUCAAUAAGAAGGAAGCUAAAGAUUUUAAAGAGAUUGACAUUGAUAACGAAAAAAUUCUGUGCACAGCAUUAGCAAUAGAAUAUUUGGAGGUAGUGAUAUUCAGGCAAUUUAAGGAUGAGUGUGAGAUGUGUUGGGAAAAGGCUAAUAAAGCACUAAAGAAAUUAGUUGAGGAAAAGGAGUUCAACGAUGUUUUGAAAAAAGCCAGAGAUUGGAUUUUAAAGUGG